CGUCAGCGACAUACUGUAGCCUACCUACAAUUUCUGUCUCUUACCUGCUCUUCGCUCGGUUGCGAACUCCACACAGGCCCGGCCCUAGUAGGCCGGCGCCGAAGCACUAGUGAACGCAACGAAAUGGCUGCCAAUAUGACCAAUCAGCAGUCCUCAACGCCGUUAACCCGCAUAGAGAUGCCCCACCUCACGGACGCGAGCGACGACGUGUUUGGCGGCACGCGCUCCAUUCACAGCGCGUAUGUAUUUAGUGUUGACAAGCAGAUUGGAGAGGGCACGUAUGGGCAGGUGUUUAUGGGGCACGACCGGAAAACAAACGACAAGGUGGCGCUGAAGAAGAUCCGCAUGGACACGGAGAAGGAGGGCUUUCCCAUUACCGCUAUCCGUGAAAUCAAGAUCCUCAGCCAGCUCUCGCACCCUAACGUGGUCAACCUGCGGGAAAUCGUGCGCUCGGAAAUCCACAAGAACAACAACUUCAAGGGUUCUAUCUACAUGGUGUUUGACUACGCGGACUUCGACUUGACGGGUCUCAUGGAGACGACCAAAUACCAGUUCACCGAGCCGCAGGUCAAGUGCAUUCUGAAGCAGCUCCUGCGCGGGCUGGCCUACUGCCACAGCAACGGCGUGUUGCACCGCGACUUGAAAGCCUCGAACAUCCUUAUUGACGCGAAAGGCGUCGUGAAGCUGGCGGACUUUGGUCUGGCGCGACCUUACACGGCGGAGAACGAGGCGGGCUUCACCAACCGCGUCAUCACGCUGUGGUACCGCCCUCCCGAGCUGCUGCUGGGUGCCAACAAGUACGGCGGCGAGGUGGACAUGUGGAGCGUGGGCUGCAUCUUUGCGGAGCUGCUCACCGGGAAGCCGCUAUUCCCGGGUAAGGACGACCUUGACCAGAUGGACAAAAUCUUUCACAUCAUGGGGCCACCGACAGAGGCCGCCUGGCCGGGCGUCACUGCGCUGAACCUCAAAAACUACGCCAACGUGCCGCUGUCGCGCUACCCGGCAAAGAACCGGUUGCGUGAGACGCUGCGCUCCAAGGCGGGUCCGGGGCGCACCAUCAGCGACGCCGCCAUCUGCCUGCUGGAGAAGAUGCUGUGCCUGGACCCCAAGCGCCGCAUCAAGGCGCAGGACUCCAUCAUGGACGACUACCUGUGGAAGGACCCCAUGCCCUGCGAGCCGCAGCAGCUGCCCUGCCGCGGCUCCGGGCAUGAGUUCACGAUGAAGAAGCGGCGCAACGAUAUGGCGCACCGCGAUACCACGGCGGCGGUGGGGCAGCCCAUGCCGCUGCCGGGCGUGCCCGGUGGCGGGCCGGGCGGCGGCGGGCCGGGCGGCGGCUACUCCAACAUGGGCGCCUACUCCCAGCAGGGGCCAGACCCCAAGCGGCAAAGGUACGGCCAGGUGCCGGGCGGCUCCAUGCAGGGCUACCCGGGCGGUGGGCCGGGCCCCGGCACGUCACGACCCCCGCAGCCGCAGUCCUAUCCGGGUGGCGCGGGCGGCAGCGCGGCGGGUGGCUUCGGUGGGCGGCAGGUGCAGGGCGGCGGGGGCGGCGCCGGCUACGGCAUGGCGCCACCGGGUCAGUCAUCGCAGCAGGGACAGCGGCCAGAUGGAGGGCGGGGCGGGCAGUACGGGCCAGGGGCUGGCGGCGCGCCGGGGGCCUUUCGGCCUGGGGCCCCGGGCGGCCCACCGCAAGGCUCCUAUGGAAGUGGCGCACGAGGCCCGCCGCCAGGGCAGCCACCGGGGCAGCAGGGAUGGCAGCAGCAGAAGCCGCGAUAGCAGUGAGCUGACGGGGCGUGAGCUGAGGGGGGACCUGAGUACCUGUACAACAUGACCAACGUGACUGGUUGACAAGCGCCUGAUGGCAUACAACUGACCUUGGACGAGUGGGGUCUGUGGGUAGCUCACUGGAAGAGUAGUAAGGCACCUGGUGCGUGUACUGAUUCCUUAGGCAGGACAUACAGACAUGCUAGAUGAGUAAUGGACACGACAGGCUAGGAAGUGCAAGAUGGGGUGAACAGGAACGCAAGGAUGGGAGGCAAGUGGAGGCGGGCAUUGCGCGGUCUCACAAUCUGGCCUGCAGCCGGAGCGCCGGUUUACGGCGCUUGAGGGUGUGCGUGCAGGCGCGCCCAGCAACCGUGCUGGCAGCUGGCUGCAGUGGCAUAUGUAAAGGCGUGUCAGC